AUGUCUGCGAAUCCAUCUUUUGUUUUCACCUACCUUCCCUCUGCCGCCAAGCCUGCCGUCACCGAUGCAAGUUCCUCUCUUUAUGACCAAUCAACGGCAUUCUUCCAAUCUGCUCGCAAAGCCUUCAUUUCACCCAGACUCACCGCUGAGCAACAACAGAUCGCAACGCUCGAGACAACGAAGCAGCAUCUCGAGGAGUAUGCCGCUGUCAAAUCCAAGACUGGUAUGGGCGUUUCGGCUGCGGAGAAGGCCCAGCUGAGGAGCGUCGACUCGGCACUAGCUGGACUAAGAAACUAUGAAGCAGAAGAUGGCGCAGUAGUCAGAAAUAUUGAAGCAUGUCGUGCGAUAUCUCAGACUGUUCAGACUUCUCUAGGUCCCUAUGGGCGAAACAAAAUCGUUAUAAAUCACCUCCAAAAAAUGAUACUCACAUCUGAUGCCGCAUCUAUAUUAAAAGAGCUCGAUGUGGUACACCCUGCUGCAAAGCUCCUUGUCAUGGCAAGUCAGCAGCAAGAAGCAGAGCUUGGCGAUGGCACAAAUAUGGUCAUCGUCCUGGCCGGAGAAAUGCUGAAGAAAGCGGAAGAGUUGUUAAGGAUGGGGUUGAAAACAUCAGAGAUUGUAAAGGGGUAUGAAACAGCUAUGGAGGAGGCUUUGAAGUGCUUGAAUCAACUCGUUGUCGACAAAGUCCGCGACCCUCGCUCACAAAAAGAACUAGCCAAAGCCAUUCGCACCGUGGUUUCCUCCAAGCAAUCUGGUAAUGAAGACACUCUUGCAUCCUUGAUCGCCGAAGCCAUCCUUGCCGUGCUCCCAAAGAAUCCUCAAAACUUCAAUGUCGACAACAUCCGAGUAGUGAAAAUCAUGGGAGGCUCGCUCGAGCAGUCUAAAGUAGUGAAAGGCAUGGUCUUUGGCCGUGAACCCGACAGUAGCGUCAAGAAAGCGAAGAAUGCCAAAGUUGGCGUCUUCUCAUGUCCAAUCGACAUCAGCCAGACAGAAACGAAAGGAACGGUGCUGCUUCACAACGCCAAGGAAAUGAUGGAUUUCACAAAAGGGGAGGAGGCGCAACUCGAACAAGCGAUCAAGGAAUUACACGAUACUGGAAUGCGUGUGCUUGUCGCCGGACAGUCUGUCAGCGAGCUAGCCCUCCACUAUCUCAACCGCUUCGGCAUGGUAGUUGUCAAGGUUCUCUCCAAGUUCGAAUUACGAAGACUCUGUAGAGUCGUAGGCGCCACACCGCUUGCCCGUCUAGGUGCGCCCAUGCCAGACGAGAUGGGCAAAGUCGACAUGUUAGAGACCUUCGAAAUCGGCGGCGACCGAGUCACAGUCUUUAGACAGGAAAACGAACAGACGCGUACAGCCACGCUCGUCAUCAGAGGCGCAACGCAGAAUCAUCUUGACGAUAUCGAGCGUGCCGUCGAUGAUGGUGUCAAUGUUGUGAAAGCGAUAACCAAAGAUCCGAGACUAGUGCCUGGCGCAGGAGCAACGGAGAUGCAGCUGAUUGAGCGUGUGACGAGGUUUGGCGAGAAGACGCCGGAGUUGUCGCAGUAUUCAAUCAAGAAGUACGCCGAGGCAUUUGAGGUGAUACCGCGAACGCUGGCGGAAUCGGCAGGAUUAGAUGCUACAGAGGUGUUGGCGACGUUGUACGCUGCCCAUCACAAGGCUUCGAUAUCAGCGUCAAAGGAUGCGAAAGACUCAGACGAGUCAUCAGAAAGCGAAGAAGAUGAUGACGACGAUGAUGAAGACGAGUGGACGCUAGGUGUGGACGUUGAAAACAACGACGGUAAAACAGGCACUUUAGACGCCCAAGAAGCUGGAAUCCUGGACUUACUGGUGAGUAAAGAAUGGGCAAUACGGCUAGCCACAGAGUCAGUGAGAACGAUCUUGAGUGUGGAUCAAAUUAUAAUGGCUAAACAGGCGGGCGGUCCCAAGCCGCCAGGCCAAAACGCUAAUUGGGAUGAAGAUUAA